AUGGCUAUCCGAGAGCUGAAAGUUUGCCUUCUGGGGGACACUGGGGUUGGCAAGUCAAGCAUUGUUUGUCGAUUUGUUCAAGACCAUUUUGACCAUAAUAUUAGCCCUACUAUUGGGGCAUCUUUUAUGACAAAGACUGUACCUUGUGGGAAUGAGCUGCAUAAAUUUCUGAUAUGGGAUACUGCUGGUCAGGAACGAUUCCAUUCACUGGCACCAAUGUACUACCGAGGCUCGGCAGCUGCUGUUAUUGUAUAUGAUAUUACAAAGCAGGACUCGUUCCACACUGAAGAAAUGGGUGAAGGAGCUGAAAGAACACGGUCCAGAGAACAUUGUUAUGGCCAUUGCUGGAAAUAAAUGUGAUCUCUCUGACAUCAGGGAAGUAUCAAUGAAAGAUGCCAAGGAAUAUGCAGACUCUAUUGGGGCAAUUGUUGUUGAAACUAGUGCAAAGAAUGCCAUCAAUGUGGAGGAACUCUUCCGUGGUAUAAGUCGGAGAAUCCCUCCACUGGAUCCACAUCAGAAUGGCUCUAAUGGAGCAAUGAAACUCGGACGACAGACCACGCAGACCACAAAC